AUGCGCUACAUCCACAGUGAGGAGACCCUCGAGGUCCCCGAGAACGUCAAGGUCUCGAUCAAGUCGAGGCUCGUCACGGUCGAGGGCCCACGCGGCAAGCUCCAGAAGGACUUCGGCCACAUUGCCGUCAGCUUUUCGUCGCCCAAGAAGAACAUUAUCAACAUCGAAAUCCACCACGGCGUCCGCAAGAAUGUUGCCGCUCUCCGCACCGUCAGGACGCUCCUCAACAACCUCAUCAUCGGCGUCACGAAGGGCUUCAAGUACAAGAUGCGCUACGUCUACGCCCAUUUCCCCAUCAAUGUGAACGUCGAGAAGAACGCCGAGUCGGGCAAUUACGAGGUCGAGAUCCGGAACUUCAUCGGCGAGAAGAUUGUCCGGAGGAUCGUCAUGCAGUCCGGUGUGGACGUCGAGAUCUCGAAGGCACAGAAGGACGAGCUGAUCCUCAGCGGUAACUCGCUCGAGGCUGUCUCGCAGAGUGCUGCCGACAUCCAGCAGAUUUGCCGGGUGCGGAACAAGGAUAUCCGGAAGUUCUUGGACGGUCUCUACGUCUCGGAGAAGGGCAACAUCGUUGAGGAGUGA